AUGACGGACACCCUUCGCCCGCCGUCCCUCCAGGUGCACGUCCCCCAGGACGAGUCCAGCCAUGGAGAGGAGGAGGGCGGUGGGAGCGGAGGCGGUCACGACAGCCUCGUCUGGUCCAGCUCGUCCACCCCCACCCUGCGGCGCCGACGGUUUAAGAUGAGACGAAUGAAAAAGCUGCCCAGCGAGCGGGAGCGGCUUGAGAACGGGCUGCUGCGGCACCCCGGAUCCUGCUCGGCUUCCAAAGAGUACCUUCAGCUGCCCUCCAUCGAAAUCACGCCAUCCAGCGAUGAAGACGCGGCCUGGUCGAACAGCUCCACCCCGAGCGCCUCGCCCCGGCGCAAACGAUUCCUGCUUCGCAAGUGGCUGAAGGUGCGAGAGAGGAAGAAGCAAGGCAGUGAGAGCAGCAGUCAGCAGAGUAGUCAGCAGAGCAGCCAGCAGAGCAGCCAUGACGACGAUUCCAGCCGCUUCCUGACUCCCUUCAUCCGUGAGGACAGGGCUGACAGCGGAGCAGACAAGUGUAGCACCGCCAGUAACUCUAACCGGAGUUCCCCUGCCUGCUCUCCGGUUCUGCGGAAGCGCUGUCGAUCUCCCAUUCUGCAGAACGUCGAGGCGGACACCAUGGUGGAGAAAGGCUCAGAGCAGUCUGACACCUCCAAAUCCCCCUCCACCCCUGAGCAGCUGGUCACUCGCACCUUCUCCGGCCAGUCCACACGCAGCGGGGGCAAGAACUCCAAGUCUCACAAGCGACUUUCCAAAUAUGACAGAUUAAACCUGAUUAAAAAAAGCCAGAGCUGGUACAACCAUGAGAGACAGCACAUUCUCAGAGUCCUCAGUCCCACAUACAAGCAGCGUAAUGAAGACUUCAGGAAGCUCUUCAAGCAGUUGCCGGACACAGAGCGUCUUAUUGUGGACUACUCAUGCGCUCUCCAGCGGGACAUUCUCCUGCAGGGCCGCCUCUACCUCUCCGAAAACUGGAUCUGUUUUUACAGCAACAUCUUUCGCUGGGAGACACUGCUUACAGUGCGGCUGAAAGACAUCUGCUACAUGACGAAAGAGAAAACCGCACGUCUGAUUCCCAAUGCCAUACAGGUGUGCACAGACACUGAGAAGCACUUUUUCACAUCGUUUGGUGCGAGAGACAGGACCUACAUGAUGAUGUUUAGACUUUGGCAGAAUGCACUGCUGGACAAGCCUCUCUGUCCUAAAGAGCUCUGGCACUUUGUACAUCAGUGCUAUGGAAAUGAGCUGGGCCUCACUAGUGACGAUGAAGACUAUGUGCCGCCUGAUGAUGAUUUCAACACCAUGGGAUACUGUGAGGAGAUCCCAGCAGAGGAGAACGAGGUCAGUAAUGAUAACUCAUCCAAGAGCAGCAGUGAGAACAAGCCAGACAACUGUUCUCCUCCGUCACACAAGAGAUCCAUCACACACUCCACCAUCACCUCCACCACACCUCCCAGCAGCACUGAUACACCACUGUCUUUUGACAUUGCAGCUGAGGAGUACACAGACUGCCUUCCUGAUGGAGAUCUGCUGGCUGAGGAGAGGAACAGCGAGCCGGCCAGUCCUCUGGAUCCUGUGCCACCACUGGCACUCGACUUCAACGACAAUGAGGAUAUACCCACUGAUCUCAGUGAUUCCUCAGUGACAGAUGAUGAAGGCGAUGAGGUUCAAGCAUUCCACGAGGAUCUGAACGGCCGUCAGUACAUCAACGAGGUGUAUAAAUUCGGUGUUGAUAAGCUGUACACCAUUCUCUUCACUGAGUCCCAGUUCAUGACAGACUUUAUGGAUCAGAGGAGAUUCACAGAUGUGGUGUAUCAGCCUUGGAAGAAGGAAGAUGCUGGAAAUCAGACCAGGGCGAUCAUGUACACAAUUUCCCUGACCAACCCACUUGCUCCUAAAACAGCUACAGUUACUGAGACUCAGACUCUGUAUAAGGCCAGCCAGGAGAGUGAGUGCUACAUUAUCGAUGCAGAAGUCAUCACUCAUGACGUGCCGUACCAUGACUACUUCUACACCCUAAACCGUUACAUGCUCACGCGCGUGGCCAAGAACAAGUGUCGGCUGAGGGUUUCUACAGAGUUGAGGUACAGGAAACAGCCAUGGGGGCUGGUGAAGGGCUUCAUUGAGAAGAACUUCUGGAGUGGGCUAGAUGAGAACUUCAAAAGCCUUGAACUGGAGUUAGCAAAGAUGGAGGACGCUCUAAUGGAAAGCCACAGACUAUCUCCUAAAGCUAAAGCAGUGAAGAACUCCACCCUAAGACGGAGAAAAAGACCCCCCGCCCACCUGCGCACAGCCCAUCUAGAUGAGACCCUCAGUCCUGUUACCACACCAACAGACGAGGAGGUCAUCCACCGCAUCAAACACGUGGCAGGUUCCACUCAGACAAGACACUUUCCUGAGCACACGCCAGGGGGCGGGAUUUUCUGCAACCUCUCUAAGCCACUCCUCAUCAUCAGCUUUGUGAUCUGUAUAAGUCUGGUGCUACUGGUGUUUUUGAAUGUGAUGCUGUUCUAUAAACUCUGGAUGCUGGAGUAUUCUGCACAAAGCCUCACCAGCUUGCAGGGCUUACGCCUACAUGAAAGCAGUAAACUGCCAUCUACACAGAUGGAAUGGGCACAGCUCCUGGAGUCCCAGCAGCGCUACCACGACGCGGAGCUGCAGAAAUGGAGAGAGAUUGUCAAAUCUUCGGUACUGUUAUUGGAUCAGAUGAAGGAUUCCUUACUGAGCCUACAGAAAGGUGUGGGUCUACAAGAUUGCAACUCAGACUCGGACGAGAAGAGAAGUCGAUAUCACUGACACUUACCCUCCAGGCCACCAGGGCGCGCUGUGCAAUGUAGAGCCACUUAUGAAAACAAAAGGCAAAAAACAAAGGGCCCAAAUGUGCGUGUAUGACUAUGCAUACCAAACAAAAGAGACACUUGAUAGAGACCAGAAGAAGAAGAGAUGGACCAGAAACUGCCAUCGGCCAAUCCUAGUGGACAGCAAACCCACAGGAAGUGGGACCGUAUCUGUCCCAUGGAAUUGUGGGACAGUUAGAGUCCGAAUGGACUCAUCACUGUUCCUGCUUUCUUUCAGGUUCUCUUUCUGAGGAUGAUCUUUCAGCUUGGUUUUGACCUGUAACGGCACAGCUGCCAUGUCCCUUUUCCCAGUCGUGAGAGCUUUUCUGCAGGAAGCAUUAUGAAAUCUA